ACUGAAGCUAUUUUAUACACGGAUUCAAUCGAGAGGUUGAGAUUCAUCUUAUGCAUCCAAAUGUAGUAACCUUUGGUGUGAGUUUCUGUUGAAACUGUUGAAAAUAAGAAAUUCUUACCAUGGCUCGAGGAGUUCCACCUUGGUAUCAUGGCAAGAUUUCAGCCGAUGAAGCGACAAAGAUUUUGGUAAAAUUCGGGCAACCGAGUGCCUUUCUACUCCGUGAUAGCCAGUACUCAGAGGCAACAUUUACUUUAUCUGUAACUGGGUAUGUUUCAAUUACAUUUUAAAAGCAGAAUUUUUUCAGGGCUGUUUUGGCCAAAACACUCGAAUACAAACAACCUUAAACCAUCAGAUAAGCAAUUUUAAAAUACGGAAGUAAUUUUCGCUGAAGCUAUACGGUGUUGCCAAACAAAAGUUAACUUGUCGAACAUGACCAUUUAACACGUUCUGGAAAAUGGUGUCUUUCGAUAAAUAACGUCAGAAUGACAAGGUCGUAUUUUAGGCAGCUAUACAGAAGGACGUCGGAACGUCGAUAAUAGAGAAGAGCAAUAGAUUUGUGUUUAACAACCGUGAAAACUAUAUGAUUAUAAUAGUCUUGCGAAUGUUUUUGUCACUAUUGAUGAUUUAACUCCAUCACAAGGCGGAAUUGAUGGCACCAAUAGACAGUUUGUGCCUACUUCAAAAUGUAAUAAUUCUCAGAAAGCGAAUGACCGUAGCAAUAUUCAGCCCAGAUCCAAUUCACAAGACAGUUAUUUGACAGUACAUGACAGCAAGCAGACAGAGACUGUCCCUACUUCAACAGACGGUAAUGCAGCAUUGGAUGACCCAAACUAUAAUGUGCCCAGAUCCAAUUCACAAAAGAGUUAUUUGACAGUACAUGACAGCAAGCAGACGGAGACUGUCCCUACUUCAACAGACGGUAAUACAGCAUUGGAUGACUCUGACUAUAAUGUGCCCAGAUUCAAUUCACAAGACGGUCAUAUGACAGUACAUGACAGCAACCAUUUGCAGACUGUACCUAAUUUUGAUGACCGUUAUGCCAAAUUGCAUGACGCCAACUAUAAUAAGCCCCGAUCCAAUUCACAAGACGGUCAUGUGACAGUGGGUGACAGCAUCCAUACGCAACCUGUACCUACAUCACAAGAUGGUUAUGUAACAUUGAAAGACCCUCACUAUGUGAAGGCUGUGUCUAAUUUAAAAGAUGGUCAUGCAACAGUGGAUGAGAACGAGCAUAAGCAGCCUGCACCUAUUUCAUAUGAAGACAUUUAUGAGCCUAUGAACAGAGUUAACAAGAUGAGCGCAAUAAACCCGCUUUAUCACAUGAAGGAGAAUCUACAAGAAAUAGACAAAGACAAAAGCGAUGAGUACGCAAGCCCCAGAGCAAUUGGUCAGUACAAAACGGCGAACGACAAUGCGAAUGCCAAAUACAGGUCUCUUAUUUCUAACAAAAAACUUCUAAAUGGUAGAGGAACAUAUAUGGACAAUCCUGAAUAUAUGAGCAAAAUAGACGCACAACUUUUCUAAGUAUGGCAACAGUAACAAGAAUAAUAAAAAUGAUGGUAAUGUUGCCUGUGUAUCCGUAGAACUGUUCAUAAAAAUAUACGUGACAUAACAUCAUAAUGGAAUAACUGUAAAUUCCGUGAAAUCUUCCAUCGAUAUUGACCGUAAAUGACGCAAAACCAAAACCUAAAGUUUCAUUAGUUUUGGUAAAAAUAAUACUUGUAAAAAUCUUUUAUAACCAUUUUUGUAAAUAUCUAAUCGAUUCAACGCAACUUACUUUAAUUAGCUAUAUAAUAAUCGAAGUUAAGUUUAGCCGUUUGCAAAACGUAUGGUCUGGUUCAAACGUUGAUCUUUACAUGCACCGAAUGCAUAAAAAACAAAAGAAAAUGAGAUGAGCUUCCUCGUUAUUUUUUGUUCUAAAUGCGUUCGGUUCAUGUAAAGUUCGACGUUUGAACUAGGCUAAGAAAGACAAUGACAAAUUGAAUAAUUAUACCUUUUCAAAAUAAAUGAACGACAAAAAAGCA